UUAUAGCAGAUAAAAGAAAUUCAACCUAUUGAUUUAAACAAACAAAAAAAGCUGUUUUUAUGCAAACAAAUUACACUUCAAAAGAGUGAAAGCUCCUAAGAACGUAUCUAAUCUAUAAUACAUUUUGGUAAGACACUGACUAAUGAGCCACAAUGCUCUUUUAUAUUAUUUGUCAGUCAGCGUUGACAUGUUUUCACAGAAUGAUCUUCACACUUGACUGUGAUAAUACUGACACUCAGACUUUGAGAUGGAAACUGGUUACAGCAACUCAUUUUAUUUAUGGUGCAACAUCGCAGUAAUAAAAAGACAACAGCCCAAAUGUGAAAGCUGAAAUGUAGAUCCAUACCAAACAAUUUUGAUUAUUUUUCACAUAUUUCAUCCAACUUAAUGUGACUAAAGGUUAUUUAGCCACAUUAAGGAUAAGUAUUAUCCAAACAGUGACAAGAAUAUCCCAGAAUUUUCAGAAAAAACACGAUACUUGAUAUUUAAAUAGAUAAAAAAGGAUCACUUCAAGCAAAUUACAUCAAAUGUUGUCGAGAAUAAAUUGUUGACCAUGUGAAAACUCAGCCACGCUGUUCACAUAAUUCAUGUGCUUCAGGCUGUGGAGGCCGCAGAACCACAGGCCUUAUAGAUACUGAAACAUCUGCAACACUUCAUGAGUUGUCAUUUCUUUACUAACACAAUUAAAGUUUGCACAGAGUCGCUGACUGAGGGAACUGGUUUAUCAAAGGGUCGACACGACACCCAAAGACAACAGGUUCAGUUUGCUGCAACUUCUUACAACUCUUGGACUUCAUGCGGAUGGGAGUAAAAUCAUAAAUGGUGAAAAGGUCCCGGAGAACGAAAUGCUGUUUAUGGCCUCGGUUCAGAACAGCCGCAACCAACAUGACUGUGGAGGAUUCCUCAUCAACGAAGACUUUGUGGUCACUGCUGCACAUUGUGAUGAUGGGAAUCCUACAAGUGUUGUUCUUGGUACCCACAAUCUCAAGAAUAUUAACGACACAAUGAGAUACAGUGUGAAGAGAUGCAAGCAUCAAUGUUAUGAGAAGGUUGAAGAGGGGUCGGACAUCAUGCUCCUCAAACUGUCCAAGAAAGCUCAACUGAACCAAAGAUUGCAGCCAAUUUCACUUCCAGAAACUGAGACUAAGAUUACAAAUAUAGAAACGUGCAGUGUUGCUGGAUGGGGCCUAACAAGUGUUGGUGAACCUGAUGAGCUGCAAAUGGUGAAUGUGCCCAUUGUUGACCUGGAUGUCUGUAAGAACGAAUGGCCUAACAUGCUUCCUGAAAAAGUUAUCUGUGCUGGUGGAUAUGGCACAAAUAAAGGAUUCUGUCAGGGUGAUUCUGGGGGUCCUCUGGUGUGCAACGGGAAGGCAGCUGGUGUUGUGUCUUACAACUGGGGCAAGAACUGCAGAUACCCAAAUAGGCCCAAUGUGUACACAGAUGUAUCACAAUACCUUCCCUGGAUCAGAAAGAUGAUGAAGGAUUGUUAAAUGUAACAGAUCAACAUACUCUUAUUGCACUGUACUGGCUCCUUAAAUGUCAUCUCAAAACUUGAAAAAUAAAAGCUUUGUUCAUAACAAA